AUGGCCAAGUCUUACGACCACCUUUUCAAGCUCCUCCUGAUCGGAGACAGCGGAGUGGGCAAGACCUGUCUGAUCAUCCGCUUCUCCGAGGACAGCUUCAGCGGCACCUACAUCAGCACCAUCGGCAUCGAUUUCAAAAUACGGACGGUGGAAGUGGAGGGGAAAAGGAUUAAAUUGCAGGUUUGGGACACGGCUGGCCAGGAGAGGUUCAAGACCAUCACCACUGCUUACUACCGAGGGGCAAUGGGAAUUAUUUUGGUUUACGACAUCACGGAUGAAAAGUCCUUCGAGAACAUUCAAAAUUGGAUGAAGAGCAUCAAAGAGAAUGCCUCGGCCGGCGUGGAGCGUCUCCUGCUGGGCAACAAGUGUGACAUGGAGGUGAAGCGAAAAGUCUCCCGGGACCAAGCCGAGAAGCUGUGCAGGGAGCACGGGAUCAGGUUCUUUGAGACCAGCGCCAAGUCCAGCCUGAACGUGGAGGAGGCAUUCAAUACUUUGGCUCGUGACAUCCUUCUCAAAUCGAUCAAGAAAUCAGCACAGCUCCCCAAGAGGCCUCUGGAACUCAAAGCCACCCCGAAAAGCAGCUCAAAGUGCUCCGUGCUGUAACCGGCGGCCAGCCAGUUCGGAAAGGCCCCGUGGCUCCUCCCCUAUCCCCGGCCAUUUUGGCUUCGGUGGGGCUG